AUGGCUCUUUAUCAUCUUGAAAAUACCCUUCAGUCUGUCCUUACAGUGUUUCUAGGCGUAUCUAUUAUGUUGUAUCUUUAUCGCACCAUCUCAUCACCGCUGCGGAAGAUCCCUGGGCCAUUCCUAGCCCGUUUUUCAGACAUUUGGUACUUCCUGCAAGUCAAACGCGGCGACUUUGAAAAGGUCAAUAUCGCUCUUCAUGAAAAGUUUGGCCUUAUCGUUCGUUUGGGUCCGAAUCGAUAUAGCUUGAGCCACAUGGAUGCCACCCAAGGGAUUUACAGCAUUACUUCUGGAGCUAAAUACGCCAAGUCACCCUGGUAUAGCGCAUUUGGCAACCCCCUCAUUUCGAGGGACCUAUUCUCAGAGUCAAAUAUCCAAGCCCAUGCUCAGAAGAGACGACUAUACCAAAGUGCAUACUCUUUAUCUUCUAUGGUAUCCUACGAAGCGUUUGUCGAUGAAUGCGCCGAAUUAUUCGAUCAGCGGCUUUGGGAGAUGGCGAGUGACGACAAAACACAGAAGGUCGGCAUAGACGCGGACAUGGGCCACUGGUUCCAAUGCUAUGCCUUCGAUGUUAUUUCUAUGAUAACCUUUUCGAAAAGUUUGGGCUUUCUCGACGCUGGUCGCGAUAUAGACAAUAUGAUGUCCACUCUGGACAGCAGUGUCAAAUUUGGGAGUCUGACCGGUAUCUUUCCGGGUCUUUAUAAAGCCAUGCUUGCCGUCCAAGGCGUUCUACCACAAUUACAAUUCUCAAAAUUUCAAGCAAUUUCCGAUUUCGCCACACAAUGUAUGGCCGAGCACCAAGCAGUACCCAAAGCUAUGUCAACAGAAGGAGAUAACAAUGAAGAGCGAACGGACUUCAUGACCAAGCUCAUGGCACGCCAUCAUAAGGACCCAGUAAAAUACACCAAACUAUACGCUUGGUUAGGUUGUUUGCAGAACAUCGCCGCUGGCUCAGACACAACAGGAGUCACCUUGACUGCCACACUAUAUUAUUUGCUUAAAUAUCCACAAGCAAUGGAAAAGCUCAGACAAGAAAUUGAUCGUCAAGAUCGCACCAACUCAUCAAAGUGUUUUAGCUUUAAGCAGACUCAGGACAUGCCGUAUUUACAGGCCGUCAUUAAAGAGAUAUUACGAAUGCACCCUGCAACAGGACUGCCUCUGGAAAGGAUAGUGCCUGAGGGUGGUGCCACUAUAUGUGACCAAUUCUUCCCAGCAGGGACCGUCGUUGGUGUCAACACUUGGGUGGAGCACUAUAGCCAGCUGAUCUUUGGCCCGGAUGCAACAGAUUUUCGACCAGAACGAUGGUUAGACCAGGACAAAAACAAGCUCGCUUUUUUAAACCGCCAUUGGAUUCCUUUUGGUAUGGGUGCGCGAACUUGUAUAGGAAGGCAUGUCUCUCAUUUGGAAAUUUCAAAACUAAUUCCAAGAAUCUUGCGGGACUUUGACUUUGAGAUGCAGGAUGGUAUUACAUCAUGGAAUACUCUGAAUCACUGGUUUGUUAAACCAAAGGAUUUUAAGGUUAAACUAAAAAUCAGAAAGUUAUAA